UGAAACAAAAAUGAAAGAGCAAUGAGACGAGAGCAACACCAUGCUAAAUAUACCAAUAUAAGAUAUCACAGACUUACAUACCAUUUCUUCAGGUACUGGUUAUGUGAAUUGAUUUUAAAUUGAGGAAAGAAACACUGCAACAAAUUGAUGUUUAAAGAUGCUAAGAUGCAAUAAUGGGAACGUCUCUACACUGCAGUCAGCAUCACCAUUUAACCAACUGGUUUUAUCCAAAUUCCUGAGGAUCAAACCAAAAGUCCUUGGGGUUUUUGAAAUAUCAUUAGGGAUAAUGGUGUUCAUCUUAACCAUCUGCAUAGGGAUUUAUUACAUCCUCUGGUUGCCUCUUAUUACAAUUUUAACUGGAGCUGCAACAGUCUCAGCGGCACGUACACUUAACAUGUGUCGGGUCAGAACCUCUCAGUUUCUGAACUGUUUGGUUGCCAUAACAACUUCUGUCUCCAUCACCUUUCACUAUAUUGACACCUUUGGCAUAAGAAGCAUUGUUAUGGUGGUUUGUGACAUCCUGAGCUUCAUCUUCUCUGUAAUUGUUGCCUCAUCCCUCUGCGAGUGCUGCAGGACGAAGUCCAGACAUGUUGAGGUGGGACUAGAGGUUGGCACGGCUGUUCCUAAUGUAACUGUCAACAGUUUUGUUCUGGGCCCUUAUGCACCUCCACCAAACUAUGAAUCAGGCCUGUUUGCGACUCCACAAAACUACAGUACAGUCGCAUCUCCACCACAUUAUCGUCCAGGAUAUUCCGCACCUCCACCAAACUACAACCCAGAUCACUUUGCACCACCACCAGACUACAGUACACUCCCAUCUGCACCUCCACCAGACUACAGUACAGUCAUAUCCGCACCUCCACCAGACUACAGUACACUCCCAUCUGCACCUCCACCAGACUACAGUACAGUCAUAUCCGCACCUCCACCAGACUACAUUACGCACCCUUCUACACCUCCUCCAAACUACAGACCCUGCUAUCCCAUCCCUCCCACCAUUCCUCGUGACCGGAAGUGAAGAAAAAUCGUUUCAAGGAGAGAUAAAGACAGGACAUCCAGAAGAUAAAAGCAGAUCUCAGCCAGAAAGUCACGUCAGUCUGACCUAGGUCUGACCCAAGAUAUACGUCGACGUGAAUGUAUUUUCUGUUUGUGUAGUGUGUGUGAUAUCAUUAUUCUCCAGCAGAGGACACAAAUGAGCGGAGAAAGCAACCCAGUCAAUCUUUAAAUCUUUAAAAUGCUUGUGUUGUAAUGCAGUGGUUCCCAAACUUUUUCAGCGUGCGGCCCCCCUUGUGUACAGUGCAUUUUUUCGCGGCCCCCCAAAAGAAAAUUUUAUGACAAAAACGUACGUUUUAAAAUGUAAUAUUUUAAUUAAACAAAACAUAUAAAAUUAUACCUAGUAGUGCUGUUGUUUAGUUGGCUUAUUAUUUUUUAGGUUUAAUUACACAGAAUUCAUGAUAAAUGAAUGUAUUUUAUAAAAUGACAUAAAACUGCUAUUCUAACUGUUAUAUGAAAACACAGAACAGUCUGUGUUGUACAACAUUAUUUUUCUAUGUUACAAGUAUACACUCAUACCUUUCAAUGAUUUGCCAUCUGUGUUUUCUGCAAACAAUUUCGUCCCUCUUUCCAAAAAUCCAUCAGAUGUUAGCAAACCCAAAUAUUAUAUUAUAUAAUAUGUCAUAUAUUAUAAUUUACAGCCACAAAAAGUUUGAUUAAUUCUGGCAGUUGUAGCACAUAACAUCAUAAUCUUCUUAAUGUGAUGAUUUCUCAAAAUUUAUUUUAUGUCCCUGCCUGUAAAUUUUAAAUUAUCCUAACAAUAAUUGCCCUUCUGUAGCUUACAGAUAUUACAUAGUCUCCAUCAUUAAUAUGACGUCACAACACUGCAUGUUUUAUACAAUAAUCAUCCUUAGAAUGAUAUAGCAGGCUUGUCAUUUGUCCACAUAUUACAUCAACUGAUGUUACCUGAUCGUUUUCUGCAUUGACUAAAUGCAAACAGAUGAUAUAAAACUGAUAUCAGUUUACAGUAUUGUAAUAUCAUAAUUUUUCCAUAUUUUUUUGUAAAUCAUACAAAGUGUGCUAGCAUAAUGGGCUGGGAUGCCCCCUUGUGGUUCAUAAUUACCAUACAUUUUUAUUAUUUGAUUUAAGCAAAAAAAAAAAAAAACAUGGUAUUGUUGGUAUUAAAUAUUACAACCGUUUAUACAACACUAAGAAACCAUUCUAUUAUAGUAAUAUAAUUGUUCACCUUCAUGUUGUAUUUAACACAAAAUGAAGUGUGAGGCAUAAAAUUAGGCCCUGACUAAUUUCACAAGGCAUAUUUGUGAAGGUGAAUGCUUAUGUGUCUUUUCUAUUCCACAGUAAAAAAAUAACAGAUUUUAGACAAUCAGGGGCAUCACCAUUUUUGAACAACAAACUCAACGUGAAAGGGUGGCCCAGUACCUGAAUUCAGGUUUGGCAGGCAUUCUCAGCAUACUUGCUUUGUGAAGGAGGAGUCUUACGAUAAAUCGUUUCAAGAAACACCAGAUGAACCAAACGAAAAUGAAAGAGCAAUGAGACGAGAGCAACACCAUGCUAAAUAUACCAAUAUAAGAUUUCACAGAAUUACAUACCAUUUCUUCAGGUACUGGUAAUGUGAAUGGAUUUUAAAUUGAGGAAAAAAAACACAUUGUAAGUAUUCUGUACAUAUAUAUUGACUCAUUGUUUGUGCAUUAUAUCUAAAAAUAUAAUGCAGUAUGUACCUGUAAGCUUUCUUUUAACUUAGUCUAACUUUGAAUAAACAUGUAUGU